CAAAAUCAAAAAUAUAAAAAAAAAACAUAAAUAAAUUAAAACCAAAUGGUUUCCUAACACAAAGGGAACUUAAAAAAACAACCAUAAUUUUAACUUAACUUAAAAUUUAGUCCUAAGACACUAAAAGCGAGGCCGAGCGAUUUUUUAUGCCCAAAACUCGAGCCGUAAAACUAUAUAAUUUUCGCUUAUAUCCGAUCCCAGUUCGAGGGCUAUGUACGCCACCCGACUUGCCGGCGACAUGAAGAUAUUUGCAGCAGAAGCUGCUGCCAAUGACGGCGCAACAGCAGCGUGCAACACGCCCGUGCAACAGCAACAGCAACAGUCGCUGCAAUUCCGACAGCGGCUAUCCGCUGGAUCGCCGGUGUCCAAGCCGAGCCAGUGUCACCUGAAGUUUGGAAAGUACAGCAACAGCAAGACGGCCAAUUUGCUGCGCCAGGUGACCAACUAUCACAGCAAUAACAACAACAACAGCAGCAGCAGCGAUGCCCAAAAGGGCCAACAGCAGCAACAAGGGCACUACAGCUGCAGCAGUCACUCGUUGAGCCGAAAGAAAUACUUUGGUAAUACGAAUUCCGUUAGCAACAGUCUGCAGCAGCAGCAAUCUUCGUAUUACCAGAGACAGCAGCAGCAACAGGUGCUUAACAACAACAACAAUCAGUCGAUGAAGAAUCAGAAUAUUAUUCAACAGCAAAUGUCUGAUUGCAAGCUAAGUGAUAGCAACAAUAACAACAACAGUGGCAACAGUAAGGUGUCAGCUAAGCCAGACAAGUGGCUUUACAACAAUAAUAGCAGUAACAACAAUAUUAACAACAGCAGCAGCAGCACUAACACCAAUAGUAGUGGCUGCAGGAACAAUAAUCUUACUAAAAAGCGCAAUUCGCUUUCCUCCUCCAUGGGGGAAUUAUCUUCUACAUUUUAUCGCAAUUCCUGCGACAGCCUAAACUCUGAAGCUUCUGCGGAUUCAACAACAGCAACAGCAGCAAACACCACCGCGUCCUGCAGCAUCAGUCCGUCAACUACUAGUUCAAGCGCAGAGCCUUCCCCGGAGGCGACCACCACCGCAGGAGAUCCGGAUUCGGAACAGGCACAAGAACAGGAAAUUGGGGCCAAGCAACGAUCCCGACAGCAGCCUCUCAGCUACUGGAAGACGAACUAUCCGCAGCAAGCCGCCAGGCAACUAAAAGAUAAGGAGACGGUCGCUGCAGUUGUCUCGGCUGCUGCUGCGGCUGCUGCUGCUGCUGCAACUGCUGCAACGGAACAGCAGGCGUCUCUGUCGUUCGAAAACAGACGAAACUCUGCUUAUCAGCAACAAAAUCAGCCGCAUAAUUAUUAUCAAUACUAUUAUCCGCAGCCCAAGCAGCUGACCAUUGCCUCAUUCCUGCAGAAGGAACUGUUGCCAGACAGCAGCACCAGCAGCAGUGAUAAGGGCGUGCAGCAACGCAACAACAGCAAUCACAGCAGUGGCAGCUCCUUCUCGCGCCAGCAACAAAGUAAUCAUUCAUCAGGAGGGAAUGUUGGCUAUACCCAACAGCGUUACCGCAAUGCUCAGUACGCAUACGAGCAGUACCAGCAGCAACAACAGCACCAGCAGCAGCAACAGCAGCAACAACAGCAGCAGCAGCAACAGCAUCACGUCCAACACCAAGCACAUCCUCACCAGCACGGACUGGGCAGCUCACACUUUCGGCGGAAGCAUGGCGACAGCAACAGUAGCAGCAGCAUUCAGAAGAAGAUGCACUACAGUCCAGUGGCGGGAAGAAUCGGAGAUACGUCACCUGCCUCGGGACAACAACAACAGCAGCAGCAGCAUAAAACCAUUGAAAUUCUGGCAAGCAGCAACUUUAAUUCGGCACACCGACGUACUCAGGGAGGAGGCAAAAACGGAUACUACCAUCAGCACCACUUCCACUCUCUGACUGAUGACGAUGGGUUUACGCCGAACUGUGCCGAACGCCAGAACCUGUACAAUCUUACUUAUGUGAAUGUCGACAUGACUGCCACGACGGGCGCCCCAGUGGCGGGAGCAGGAGCUGGGACAACCGCCGGGUCGACCGCAGAUAGGGCAAAAACCACGCGGCAGACCAAACCAAGUAUUACGGUGACGGCCCCUGCUCCCGCCCCGUCGACAGUGCGCCGAUCCGUUCCGAUUCCGAUACCGGUCUCCAAUGCAGUAUCCAAUUCUGUGCUACCGCUACCAGCAUUGAGUCACGGACGCAACAUGUUUCCUCAGCCGCCCCCGCCUUUACCGCUGGGCAUGAUCGGAGGACAUGCCAUGCUAUCCCCUGGCAUUAACACGCCCACCAAAAUGAUAAGCUGUGCGCAGCUGGACGAGGCCAUCACGGCAGCUGCUGCCAAUGGCGACCAAUGCAUAUCAAGCCCCAAUUAUCCUCAAACAGUGCCCUUUAUUAUCCCGCAUCCCUCGCAGCAGCAGCAGCAACAUUCACAGGCGCCACCACCAGGGCACCUACUCCCAAACAGCGGCGGGAGUGCUCCGCCACAGGUAUUUCUUCACUACGGUGAUGGAGCCCAAACGGCGGCAGUGUGGCCAAAUUCCGGGAUGCCAUGCUACCAGGCUCCCCCAUAUGGAUCCAGCGGCAGCCACGCCGGCAGCUCGCCACAUCACCACAAUGAUGUGCGGGCAUUGUCACCUGCCCUGUCCACCUCCACCCUAAGCAGCGAUUCCCAUUGGAGUGGUCCAACCAAUCGAUGUCGCUUGGUCAGUGGGGAGCACCUUUCCAUUUCACCUACACCCAGCUCUUUAGAAACCGGACAAUUGUCACCACAUUUGAUUGAGAUGAACGGGCAGCAACCGCAACUACAUCCGAGGCAGCAUACGCCGCGUCAUCAUCUGCCACCGCAUGCGGUGCACCACCAUGGACAUCGUUUUGCCCAUUACGAUAUGCACGGAGGCUCUGGUGGAGGUCCAUGGUAUGAGAUGAUGCUGCCACCCGAUCGCUACCUGGCCCAGGCCAGGAAUGUGGAAGUGGCGGCGCAGCCGGAAAAAUUGAUUUGCAUGUGCAAGUAUGAUAAAUUGUCGUUGGAGGUCUGGAAGAUGUUCCGUGUUGCCCGCCAGACGCACAACAAGUUCAAGGCUAAGAUGCGUCUAUGGCGUUACUUGUACAUCAUGAUGAAUAUGUUCGAGGGGUAUCGCAUCUGCCUGGUUGGAUCGACCAUCACUGGCUUUGGCACGGAUUCCUCGGACAUCGACAUGUGCUUGCUGCCCGAGCAUCCAACGCAUAACAAUCACCACCAUCAUUCUUACCACAAUGAGAAGCGGUCUGAGGCCCUCAUCACCCUAGGCCUCUUCAACAGCGUCUUAAAGGAGGCUGCCGAUGUGUUUAAAGACUUUAAUCUGAUUGAGGCAAGGGUGCCAAUACUGCGCUUCAAAGACAUUUCCAACGGCAUUGAGGUUGAUCUGAACUACAACAAUUGCGUGGGCAUUAAAAACACCUAUCUGCUCCAGCUUUAUGCUCAGUUGGACUGGCGAGCACGCCCACUGGUAGUAGUGGUUAAGCUGUGGGCGCAAUAUCACGAUAUUAAUGAUGCCAAGCGCAUGACCAUAUCCAGCUACUCGCUGGUGUUGAUGGUUCUGCACUAUCUGCAGUACGGCUGUACACCUCAUGUGUUGCCCUGCCUGCAGGCCCUAUAUCCAGAGAAGUUUCGUCUUGGACAACUGGAUUGUCUGGAUCUAGAUCUCAUCGAGCCUAUUGAGCCCUACCAGACGCAGAAUACCCAAACGCUGGGUGAGCUUUUGCUCGGCUUCUUUAAGUACUACAGCAACUUUGAUUUUCGCACCUAUGCCAUCUCCAUACGCACGGGCGGCAUCUUGCCAGUGUCCACUUGUCGCAUGGCUCGAAGCCAGCGUAACGAUUUCUACCAAUGGAAGGAGCUCAACAUCGAGGAGCCAUUUGAUCUAUCCAACACGGCCCGCUCAGUGUACGACUAUGCUACCUUUGAACGCGUUAAGGCAAUCUUUCUGGCCUCAGCUCAUCGACUGGAUCACACCCUGGACCUGUCUUCCAUCUUCCGUCCAAUCGUGCCCCCAGAGCAAGCUCCCAACCAACAGGAGCAGGAGCAGUUUGAGCCACCGCGUGGCGGGGAGAAAAUGAUGGUCGUUCAAGAAGCAGCCGAACCGGGAUUGAUGGGAACUGAGGCCCAUAAGCCCCAGAUGCUAGGCGGCGGCUCAUUAAGGUCAGUUGGUUCUUAG